AUCCCUGUCCUCGGGAUGUCUCGGAUGCGAAGUAUCGCGAGAUUUGAGCGCCGUUAGAAGUUCGCAGUGGACCUGAUGGAGUGAGGACGACAGAGGAGGAAGAAGAGGAAGAAAGUGUCUGAACAGAGCUGUUAACGUCUUCUCGUCGCCGCCAUGUCUUCCUGUCGUCUUCUCUGCCUGCUGGCUCUCGCCUUCCUCCAGAGCUCCGUGUCGGCCGAACAGCGGAGGCUCUCUCCAGAGAAUCUCCUGGUGAUCACCGCGGCAACGGAGGAGACGGACGGCUUCAAACGCUUCAUGAGGACGACCCGAGAGUUCAACUACACCGUGAAGGUGCUGGGUCUGGGGGAGGAGUGGAAGGGGGGGGACGUGGCUCGGACGGUGGGUGGAGGUCAGAAGGUGAGAUGGUUGAAGAAGGAGCUGCUCAAACACUCUGAGAAGAAGGACAUGGUCAUCAUGUUCGUGGACAGUUACGAUGUGAUCUUUGCGUCGGGUCCUGAGGAGCUGCUGGCCAAGUUCUCCCGUCUGGGUCACAGAGUGGUUUUCUCAGCCGAGGGGUUCUGCUGGCCCGACCAGAGACUGGCCCCCAAAUAUCCCGUGGUGCACACUGGGAAACGCUACCUCAACUCAGGAGGGUUCAUCGGCUUCGCUCCGGACCUCAGUGCCAUGGUCCAGCAGUGGAAAUACAAAGACAACGACGACGACCAGCUUUUCUACACCAAGAUCUACCUGGACAAGACUCAGAGGACCAAGUUCAACAUGACUCUGGACCAUCGCUCCCGGAUCUUCCAGAAUCUCAACGGAGCCGUCGAUGAAGUGGUCCUGAAGUUUGAGAGGGCGAAGGUCAGAGCGAGGAACGUCGCCUACGACACGCUUCCUGUUGUCAUCCAUGGCAACGGACCGACCAAGCUGCAGCUGAACUACCUGGGUAACUACGUCCCCACAGCGUGGACCUAUGAGGACGGCUGUGGGAUCUGUGAUGACGACCUGCUCUUCUUCAGUGACGUCCCUGACGAGGACAUGCCUCUGGUUUACAUCGCCGUGUUCAUCGAACACGCCACGCCCUUCAUGGAGGAGUUCCUGGACCGACUGACGACGCUCAACUACCCCACAGCGAGGAUCCGCCUCUUCAUCCACAACAACGUCGUGUACCAUGAGCGUCACAUCCAGAGGUUCUGGGAGCGGCACAGGUCUCUGUUCCCUGACGCCCUGCUGGUCGGACCAGAGGAGAACCUGCAGGAGGCCAAGGCCAGAACCAUGGCAGUUGAGGCGUGUAAGAAGGAUCCGGACUGUGAUUACUACUUCAGCAUCGACUCUGACGUGGCCCUGACGAACCCCGACACCCUGAGGAUCCUGAUCGAGGAGAACAAGUCGGUCAUUGCUCCCAUGUUGUCCAAACACGGGAAGCUGUGGAGUAACUUCUGGGGAGCUCUGAGUCCUGAAGGAUACUACUCCAGGUCUGAGGACUACAUCGAGAUCGUCCAGGGGAAGAGGAUUGGGCUGUGGAACGUGCCGUACAUCACUCAGACCUACCUGAUCAAAGGCAGCGUGCUGCGGUCCAAACUGGCCCAGGUGAGCCUGUACGUGGACGAGGACAUGGACCCUGACAUGGUGUUCUGCAGGAGCAUCAGAGACCAGGGCGUCUUCAUGUUCGUGUCCAACCGUGACGAGUUCGGUCGUCUGGUGGCGUCGACCAACUUCAACACGUCCCGGCUGCACCCGGACAUGUGGCAGAUCUUCGACAACCCUGUGGACUGGAGGGAGAAGUACAUCCAUGAGAACUACUCCAGGAUCUUUGAGGAUGAGAAGAACCUGGUGGAGCAGCCGUGUCCGGACGUUUACUGGUUCCCUGCUUUCUCUGACAAGAUGUGCGAUCAGCUGGUGGAGACCAUGGAGGACUACGGCCAGUGGUCAGGAGGAACCAACAAGGACGAGCGUCUGGCCGGUGGCUACGAAAACGUCCCGACUGUGGACAUCCACAUGAACCAGAUCGGCUUCGAGAAGGAGUGGCUCAAAUUCCUCAAAGAGUACAUCGUCCCUGUCACAGAGAAGCUCUACCCCGGAUACUACCCCAAGGCCCAGGCCAUCAUGAACUUCGUGGUGCGUUACCGUCCUGACGAGCAGCCGUCUCUGCGGCCGCAUCACGACUCCUCCACCUUCACCAUCAACAUCGCCCUGAACAGGAAGAACGUGGACUACGAGGGCGGAGGCUGCCGGUUCCUGCGCUACAACUGUAAGGUGGAGUCUCCCAGGAAGGGCUGGUCCUUCAUGCACCCGGGCCGGCUGACCCACUACCACGAGGGCCUGCCCACCACCAGAGGGACCAGAUACAUCAUGGUGUCCUUCGUCGACCCCUGAACCCCCCCCCCCGUCUCUGUGUGUGUGUGUGUGUGUGUGUGUGUGUGUGUGUGUGUGUGUGAACAUCAGUCCACCUCAUCAUCACAGGUAAAAACAGACCGGAUGGAGGAACAGACAUGAUGUCCUUGAAUGCAUCGUCUCAGAGUUAGUUUUGAUCGGACGAUCCGCCUCACCUGCGUUCACACCUUCACCUCACAGGUUCCCGGUGUAACAGGUGUGACUCUGACAGAGGAUCCUGAACACAUCGUUGUUGACCUUUCAGAGUAAAAGCCUCUUUAUUCAGCCUUUACUUUCCUUCAGAAGUUCCUGAGAUUUCAGAGUAAGAGUCUGUUGUAGAGGUGAAGUGAAGUGGUCGCCGCGCUGCCUUAUUCUCUAACACUCCCUGAAUCUAUGCAGAACACACUCCAUGACUGUGUGUGUGUGUGUGUGUGUGUGUGUGUGUGAGAGCUCUCCUCUCUCUCUUCCUGAGGCAUCCAGCAGCGUUGCAGUGCAUGAUGGGAGUAGUGACGGGUCAUGUGACGGCUCAGGUUGAGGGUUCCACAGGUGAAGCUCCACUGUAACAUACUGAACUGAUACAAACACUAAAGGCCUUUUAUAUCUCCACUGUGUCGUCUUUGAAUUCCUUUGGUUGGUGUCUGUAGAUUUUCUGUGUCCGUCAUGUAGCGGAGUGUUUCCAUGGUGGGGGGGGGGCGUCGUCUGGUUGUGAGUCUGUCUCAGGGACGAGGUCUCCACCUGACGCUGCCUGGACUCUCUCCUCACCAGGAAUCAGCUGUCUCUGGCUUUGUACAAACUGCAUUAAAUUAUUUGUUAAUGACUGAGUGAAUAAAGUUUGGAGAUUUGAAUAAA